CAUUAUUUAAAAAAACUGCACAAAUUGCUCUAAUCUAAAGGCCCUUUACUUUAUUACUACCCCACUGGGAUAAUGCAUUCAUUGCUCUCUUGUAAAUUUGGCGGCAAACUUCUAAAAUUUUCCACAAGAAAUUUGUUGUUUGCCAAAUUUUCUUUUGUCUUAAACAAAAAGCCAGCGUUAUUUAUUAGUUUAAAACGUAAGUGUUACGUCUUGUAUAACUUACAAUUUCUAAACAGUUGCGUGUGCUACUAGUACUAUCUAUUUAGGGCUAAGAAUCGUUUAUUUUAAGUCAACAUGAAGCCAAGUUUCAAACGCAAGUUUUCUGUUCCAUCUCAAAGCGUAAAACCCACGCGCGAUGAUCAAAAUGAAGCAUCACCGGUUAAUAAAAACACGGAAAACGAUUUAAAUAAAGAAGUCACUGAAGAACCAGAAAUAACGUGCAAGUUUGAAUAUUCACCUGUGGAAAAUGUGGAGACUCAUACACAGAAUACCAAUGAGCCCAAGCAAGCUUUAUCAGACAGCCAAUAUGAUGAAAUUUUUGACGCAGUUCUUACAAAAGCUACAUCAGACAAUUUGAAUUCGGAAAAAUCGAAAAGUGAAAAGGCGGCCGAUCAAUUUGUUGAAAGAAUGCAAAACUCAACACCUACAAACAUUCAGGAGCAGAACGAGAUAACUCCCUCCACAAGUCCUCAGGAGGAUACAAGAAGUCCUCCCAAACUCCUCCUUAAAAAAUGCAGCAAGGAUAAGUCAGAAAAAUCAGCUUUAGACUCCAUAAAAGCCCCACAUAAAAGAACUAGUCUUGGUUAUAGCAAGCCAGAUAAAGAAAGACACAGCUUAGGAAAUUUAAAGACAAAGAAAAAAGAAAAACAUAGACGACAUCAAACUUGUGAUGAAUCUAGUCGGAAAAACAGUGAAAAAGUUUUUAACAAAGGUGUGUGGGUUCAAUGUGGAGAAAGAGAUUGUUUGAAAUGGAGGUUUCUGCCCGAUUGUUCCGACCCUAGCUCCCUGCCUGGCUUCUGGAGAUGUUCAUUAAAUGCAGAUGAUGAUCAGAACAAGUGUUCUGCCCCUGAAGUAGAUUGGACGUCAUGUUUAUCAAGUUCACAAGAUCACUUCGUAUACACCGAGUACAAUGCUGGUUCUAUAGUGUGGGCUAAGAUGGCUGGCUACCCACCUUGGCCAGCUAUGGUGGAUAGCGAUCCAGACACAGAUAUGUUGUAUGAAUACGAUGAAGAAGGGGCAGUGCUUCGAUACCAUGUUGUUUUCCUUGAUAAGAAUGUUAGCAGAGCGUGGAUACCAUCGCGAUGCAUUGAACCUUACAACCAUUCAAAUAAUCAGUUGAAUUUAUGUAACGAAAAACAUUUCAAAAGUGAACUGAAUACAGCAAUAACAGCAGCAGAUGAAGCUCUUACUAUGAGUUUGGCAAAACGAAUUGAAAAGUUUAGUUUCGGACAAAGAUUUAAAGGAGACGAGGAAUCUAUAUGGACAUCACUAACAAAAACAAGAAAAUCGAAAAAACGGAAAAAUAAAUUUCUAAUGGAACAAGUGGUCCCUGUCUCCACAUCUCCCAGUGCUGAAUCAAAAAAUUCAAAUGAUUAUUGGGAGACAGCCACCGAUGAUAUGUUACCUUUGUCUAAAAAGGAAGAGAAUCAUGGGAAAAAGAAAAAAAGAGAGAAGGUGGAAAAAGAGAAAAAAGAAAAAAAGAAGAAAAAUAAGGACAAGGCAGUGGAUGGCAGUAAAGAGUCAGCGAAAACGAAAACAGCGUUUAAACCAACUUUUGUGGCCCCGGCACAAAAAACAGCGCUAGAUGUCAGUAAAGAGACAGAAAUAGAGUCACAGGACGUGCCAUUAGAUGGAGCUAUUAAGUUUGAUCCUGAUAUUUAUACAAUGGAGUUAAAUAGCGAAAAAAUUGAAAAAACUGAAACAAAUAAGCAAAAUUAUCCAGCUGGGAAAUCCCCUAAAGACCCCCAAAUUAACCCAUGUCCUGGGUCCCCUGAUUUAAUAGAGUGUUCCCCUGCAUCCAUGGGGUCUCAGGACGAACCGAUAAAUUUAAGUUUAAAAGAUGAACAAGUGUUGCCGUCCCCAGUGUUGCCCAGCAAAAAACAAACAACGGAAAGUUUUUGGUCAGCACCACUGGAAAAAAAUAAUGAUUUAGAUGGUGAUAACGUUUUCUCUGAUCUUGAAAUGGAUGAUGUAAAAGGAAUGAAUUGGGAUGACAAAGAAAUUGAUAAUUUAGAUGACCUAAUGCCAGAUAUAAUAGGCCAGUGUUAAUUAUUUUAAAUCAAGUUCUUUUUACGUUUAUUUUUUAGUUUAAAAUUUUAUUGUUUUAUUAGAAUAGUAUAUUGUUUAUAUUUUGUUAUAAAAGCGUUUUUGAGUGAGUAUUUCUUUGUUCUUUUUGGGUUUUAGGUGUAAUUUUGGACUUAACUGAGUAAAAAGAUUCUCUUUUUUCUGCUUGUAACUACAGUCGAGCUGCAAUUUGUAGCCUAUUACAUAGUAGGGUUGGGGAAGAUGAGACACUUUUUUUUCUAUUUCUCAUCCCAUUUGGUAGUAAACAAAGAACUUUCAAAAAAAUGUGAUACCGUGUCCUCACAACUUCUAUAGACCCUUGUUAAUUGUUUAAAACAGGAUCAGGUUAUUUGGAUAUUAUGUGCUAAAUCUUACCAGACGCUACUAAAUGUGUUUAUAGUGAAA